CAGGAGCAUUCACCUGUCCUGCAUGCAAAGGUUGCACUGCUGCACCUGCCUCAGCUGUUGCAGUGAUGGUCAGACCUUGAAAUCUGAACGUCAACACAGAGGAAAGGAAUAUUUUCCAAUCAUCCACUCACAUAAACUCAUCUGUGCCACAAGCUCCUGCCAUGGCCAGGAAAAGUGUUCCUCGGACAAGUAGUUUCCUGUGAAGGCUCUACUCAACACAUAUGAGAUCUGCUUCUCCUUUGUUACCUCAACGGACCAAGAUGAUGCUUCGGCUGCUGCUAGUUCUGUCCAUUUGUGUGGGAUCUUAUGAAGCUGACUCUGCCCUGUCCGAACGGCGAGUUGUAGCACACAAUCCUGGUGACAUCAUCAUCGGAGCGCUGUUCUCUGUCCAUCAUCAGCCUCCUGCUGACAAGGUACACGAGCGCAAAUGUGGCGCGGUGCGGGAGCAGUACGGCAUCCAGAGGGUGGAGGCCAUGAUGUACACGCUGGACCGCAUCAACGCCGACCCGUUCAUCCUGCCCAACAUCUCCCUGGGCUGCGAGAUCCGGGACUCCUGCUGGCACUCGGCCGUGGCUCUGGAGCAGAGCAUCGAGUUCAUACGGGAUUCACUGGUCUCCUCUGACGACGCAGAGGAGUGGGGGGGCGGAGGGGGACUAGGGGGAGGAGGUGGCGGAGGAGCGAGCACGGUGAAGUGUUCAGACCCCUCGGCCACUCCCAUGCGGGGGAAGAAACCCAUCGUGGGUUUAAUUGGACCGGGGUCAAGCUCUGUGGCCAUCCAGGUCCAGAACCUUCUACAGCUGUUCAACAUACCACAGAUUGCCUACUCUGCCACCAGUAUGGACCUCAGCGACAAGAGCCUUUUUAAGUACUUUAUGCGGGUGGUGCCUUCAGAUGCCCAGCAGGCAAGAGCUAUGGUGGACAUUGUCAAGAGAUACAACUGGAGCUAUGUGUCUGCUAUACACACCGAAGGCAACUAUGGUGAAAGUGGGAUGGAAGCAUUCAAGGACAUGGCAGCUAAGGAGGGCAUCUGUAUCGCCCACUCUGGCAAAAUCUGGAGCAAUGCUGGAGAGCAGAGCUUUGAUCGGCUGCUGGAGCGGCUGCGGGCCCACCUGCCCAAAGCCCGGGUGGUGGCUUGUUUCUGUGAAGGCAUGACUGUCCGCAACAUCCUCAUGGCCAUGAGACGCCAGGGACUGGUGGGAGAGUUCCUGCUCAUCGGCAGUGAUGGAUGGGCCGACCGGUAUGAUGUAACAGAUGGUUUUGUUAGGGAAGCAGCGGGUGGCAUUACCAUCAAGCUCCAGUCGGCUGAUGUGAAAUGGUUUGAUGAUUACUACCUUAAACUUCGUCCUGAAAACAACCCCAGAAACCCCUGGUUUCCGGAGUUCUGGCAGCAUCGUUUCCACUGUCGACUUAAAGGUCACCCGCAGGAGAACAACAAAUUCAACCGCACCUGUGGCAAGCGAGAGUCGCUUCGGCAGCAGUAUGCACAGGACACCAAGAUGGGGUUUGUCAUAAAUGCCAUCUACUCGAUGGCAUAUGGCCUGCAUAACAUGCAACGGGCACUCUGCCCAGGCUAUCAGGGCCUGUGUGAUGCCAUGCGACCUAUAGAUGGUUCUAUGCUGCUGGACUUCUUGAUGAAAACCAACUUCACCGGAGUGUCAGGAGAGGGAAUCUUAUUUGAUAAGAAUGGAGACUCACCUGGCAGGUACGAAAUAAUGAACUUCAAGAAGAUGGGGAAGGACUACUAUGACUAUAUUAAUGUUGGCAGUUGGGACAACAGAGGCUUGAAGAUAGAUGAUGAUGAAAUCUGGCCCAACAAGGAAGGCGUAAUCAAGUCAGUCUGCAGUGAACCCUGUGACAAAGCACAGAUAAAGGUGAUCCGUAAAGGGGAGGUGAGCUGCUGCUGGACGUGCACUCCCUGUAAAGAAAAUGAGUUUGUGUUCGACGAGUACACCUGCCGAGCCUGUGAACUGGGCUCCUGGCCGACCUUUGACCUCACAGGCUGUGACCCCAUCCCAGUGGAGUACCUGCGGUGGGGAGACCCUGAACCGAUAGCCGCUGUGGUCUUCGCCUGCCUCGGGCUCAUGUUCACAUUCUUUGUCACUGCAGUCUUCAUCAGGUUCCGGGACACCCCAGUAGUGAAAUCUUCCAGUCGGGAGCUGUGCUACAUCAUACUGGCAGGGAUCUGCAUGGGGUACCUGUGUACCUUCAGCCUCAUUACCAAACCCCAUGUAGUCCACUGCUACCUCCAACGGCUGGGAAUAGGCCUGUCACCUGCCAUGAGCUACUCUGCACUCGUCACCAAGACAAAUCGCAUCGCUCGGAUUCUGGCAGGAAGCAAGAAGAAGAUCUGUACAAAGAAACCUCGCUUCAUGUCCGCCUGCGCUCAGCUCAUCAUUGCCUUCCUCCUCAUACUGUUGCAGCUGGGCAUCAUCGUGGCUCUCUUCCUCAUGGAGCCACCAGAGGUGAUCCAUGACCACCCCAGCAUCCGCCAGGUUAACCUCAUUUGCAACACCAAUAACCUGGGCGUGGUUGCCCCGCUGGGAUACAAUGGCCUGCUCAUCCUCAGCUGCACCUUCUAUGCCUUCAAGACCCGCAACGUCCCAGCUAAUUUCAACGAGGCUAAGUACAUUGCCUUUACCAUGUACACCACCUGUAUUAUAUGGCUGGCCUUCGUACCCAUCUACUUUGGCUCUAACUACAAAAUUAUCACCAUGUGCUUCAGUGUCAGCCUCAGUGCCACUGUGGCGCUGUGCUGCAUGUUCGUACCCAAGGUGUACAUCAUUCUAGCCAAACCAGAGCGUAACGUGCGCAGUGCCUUUACCACGAGCACAGUGGUGCGCAUGCACGUGGGCGACGGCAAAUCUUCCUCAGCCGCCAGCCGUUCUUCGAGUCUGGUUAAUCUGUGGAAACGUAAGGGCUCUACUGCAGAGAAUCUCAGCUCCAACGGUAAAUCAGUGUCUUGGGCGCAGACGGAGCGCAGCAGUAACCGCGGAAACCACCUGUGGCAACGGCUGUCCUUCCACAUCAAGAAGAAGGAGAACAACCAGACGGCCGUCAUCAAGCCCUUCUCCAAAACCUCCGAGGAGCGUUACUUUGGGGGGGGUGACCUGCCCCCACACAUGCCUCUGCCCUCCCUCCCCUCCAUGUCUUCCCUGUCCAUUCACCAGGACUCUGUCACCGACAAGACCCUGUACGAGCUCUCUGAGGCGGAGGAGCGCUACUCGAACACGUACCUGCCGCAGACGCCCUCGCCCAUCAGCACCAUCAGCCAGAGACUAGGGGCCGGAGUCGGGGACGAUCACUCGAUGACUGGCGUUCCUAACUACCCGAGCAGCAUCUGCAGCGGGGGGAGCGUGAGCAGCGGGGGGGGCAGCAGUUGCGGUCCUGGCAGCAGUUGCGAUCCUGCCAGCAGCGGCUCUCUGGUGGUGGGGAGUGACGGGCGUCUGAUUGUUCUGGACAAUUACCCAGCACCGCAUCCCAGCUCCCUGAUGGAUCAGAUCAGCUGCGUGGUGAACCGCUUCACCGCCAACAUCACGGAGCUCAACAGCAUGAUGUUGUGCUCUUCUCCGACGCACUCGCACUCCAACAAGCAUCCCCCCCCCUCUCCUCAACCCGCCGACCCCUAUCUGUUGCCCCGGGAGGUCCCGAUGGCCCCGACCCUCACCACCCAUGCUGACGUCCAGCCCCUCCCCCCCGUCGAGACCAGCAUGGCGGGCCGGAGCGGAUGUCCGGUUCACUCCAUUCCUCACUCACCUUACCCCCUGCCGCCUCACAUUGGCCAGGCCUCCCCCUCUCUCUCCCCCAUGCGAGGAGGCCUCAUCCCCUGCCUCACCCACUCCCCUCUGAGGAGGGCCGAGUUGGAAGAGGAGCUUUUUGCUUUGACUCCGCCGUCCCCCUUCCGCGAUUCCCUGGGAUCUAGCAGUGGCUCGCUCAUCUCAGAGACAGGCCUGUGUCUCCCCCCAGCCCCCUCCCAUCCUCCCCCCUCCCCCCCUUCGCCCAGGUACAGUAGACUGACACUCAGAAACUACAGCCAGAGUUCAUCCUCACUGUGAGGCAGAGUUUUCAUGUGAAGAAAACGCAGAUUUGAAGAGGAGCGCUCAAAAAACGACACGGUUGAUAUGAGUGAAGAGUAUUGGAGGAUGGAAACACUGAAAUCCAUCCGUCCUUACGUGAAACUAGAAGUAAAGGAGUCGUGGUAAAGGAUUCGUGAACAGCUGGUUGAUGAGGACACCAAGCUGCGGCAGUGUUUGUGUUUACAUGUUUGCAUUGAGAUGCAAGUAUGAGAAGCUUGCCCACGUCGUAUUUUCUUAGUGCAGUUUAUCAAAAGUGGGGCGUGAAGAGUUGCAAAAAAAAGGGCCACAAUGACUUUGAGAUGUUUUAGUGUCUGUAAAGUCAAAAAUCAUUCUUGAAGUUCUAGAGCAUAGAUUGUAUAUAAGAAGUGGUAAACUUGGUUUGUGGACUAACGUGUGGAAGCCUUGAGUACUGCAUCUUGGCCGUCAUCAUCUUGUGUUUUUUGGAGUAAAAGGUGAGCAUUUUGGACAAGAGGGUAACACAUUGUUAUGUCUCUACCCUGAUCGACAGGUCGCCCUAAAGCAUUUACUCAAAAUGGGACCAUCAUUUAGAAACUCAAUAUCGUACCUUAAUGAGCAAGACCUCAAAUUAGCGACUCAAAUCAUUAGGAUUAGGGUCAUAUUCUAAAAGACUUCUAUACAAUUGCAAUGAUUUAUUAUUUCGAAGACUUUGACCCCUGCUGUAUAUUAGAAAUUGAGAAGGUUUCUAGGCUCCUUUGCAUUGGCUUCACCUUUCAGACCCAAAAAGCUACAUCCACUUGUUGUGUACAGUCUAUGGUUUAGAGCUACAUAUAUGUUAGGUUUGGGUAGUGGCCUUAAGGUUCUAUGGCUAUCAACUAAUUAGUGAGGAGUGUGUGUCUGUGUGUGUGUGUG